GAUCAAGCUACCCCAUGGGACAGUUUAGCCCGAGAUUCUUUCAUCCCUUAUAAGUACUCUUCUUACAAUACCAUUCAUAUUCUUCUCUUUUCAACGUAAUCGCAAUUGAGUUAAAAGCCCACACAAUGUCUUCCACCACACCUCUCCCCGCUUACACAUCUUACAAAAACAUAAUUGUCAGCUCACCAAACCCUUUCGUCGCUCAUGUCGAGAUAAACCGACCCCAGAAGCUCAACGCCUUCACUCAAGAACUAUGGCUUGAGUUUGGACGUGUCUUCAAGCAGCUCAGCGGUGAUGAAGACGUCCGUGCAGUUGUAGUCAGCGGCGCUGGCGAUCGAGCCUUUACCGCAGGCUUGGACGUGCAGUCUGCGUCUAGUGAUGGAAUCCUCUUUGGUUCUCAGGCGGAUAUCGCCAAAAAGGCAAAGGUAGUGAGAAACCACAUUGAGGAGUUUCAGGACUCGAUUGGUGCUAUGGAGAAGUGCGAGAAACCUGUCAUUUGCGUGCUUCAUGGUGUUUCUAUUGGCCUUGCUAUUGAUAUCGCCUGCUGCGCUGACAUCCGCAUCUGCGCCUCCAACACACGCUUCGCUGUCAAGGAAGUUGACAUUGGCAUGGCCGCUGAUAUCGGAACCCUGGCACGUCUGCCCAAGCUCGUUGGCUCAACAUCAUGGGUUAAGGACGUUUGUCUCACGGCCCGAGACUUCUCAGCACAGGAAGCAUUGUCAGUAGGAUUUGUGAGCCAGGUUCACGAGGGCAAACAGGCGGCUGUGCAGGCUGCUGUGGCUCUGGCAACCACACUUGCUGACAAGAGCCCUGUUGCUGUACAGGGAACGAAGGAGCUGCUCAACCACGGCAGGGAUCAUACUGUUGCUGAGAGCUUGAGGUAUACGCAAGUAUGGAAUGCAGCGGCUGUGCAAGGCAAGGACUUUUCGUUGGCGUUGAUGAGUGGAUUGAAGAAGACGAAGCCGAGGUUUGAGAAGUUGUAGUUUAGGAGUUUGAGAGGACCAUAGACGCACGUCGUUCGGGUAUGAAAUUGUGUAUAUAGUUCAGUUAUUGCAUAUGCUUGAAGCUUACUCGGAGCCGGAUUCUUCUUCGGGAGGAAGGUUUUCUUUGAGUCGCUGGGAAUGUGUCAAUCAAACAAAG